AUGUUCACCGUCACCAGGGUCACAAAUGUGGCCCCCAGGACUCCGGGGAAGGCCGAUCAAAACAGGCCGCAGAGAGACAACCCCAUGAAGGCGAAGACGAGAGAAGACUAUUCCCAAAAGCAAAGAAAAGAACGAGCGCAAGCAAUACUCGAUAAUUAUCAGCUGCUGAUGGACUAUGCGGUAGCCAACGGGAAAACUCGCACAUACUUUCGUAAAGUGGCUCUAGGCAUACCAACGGAACCGAUCAUCAAGCACUGGUUCAGUGACAUUGUAUGA